AUGGGCGGGUGUAAAGAAUCUCCAGGUACAUGCAAUAGAACGAGUUGCCGUGGAUAUGAAGUAGACAUCACGCACUUCUCCCUUGCAAAUGUUGUGCCUGGUCGGUUGUAUGGUGGGAAUCCGAUAGACAACCAGGAGGGUAAUGGAGGAGACAGGUUCGGCCAUUUAGUUGAUUUGUAUGCUUGGAAUCCACACUGCAGGAACCUUGAUGGGAUUAGUUCUUCAGGAAAUGACACUGCACAGAAUGAUUGGAGAGGGUCAUGGUGGCACAGCAGUUUUACCACCCAUUCAGGUUUUGUGGCAGAAGAUAGUCCCUAUACAUCAUCUAAACAGAAAGUCAAGGAUUCAUUCAGGCAAUACCUGCAAUCGUCAUUUAGCUUUUUGCAUGCAUGA